UACAAUACAAUUUAACAGCUACUGCCGGUAUUUGAGACCCCAGGGAAAACAAAGGCAAGAGACAAGAAUGAUGGAAAUGUUUUUCUCUCAGGAUUUGCAGAGUGACAUGAUCUGGUAUGAUAUUUAUGAGGCUCCGCCGGUACUGAAACAAAGCGCUUUUAUGGCGUACACAGAGGGACCCAGAAUUGAGUUUGGGGCAGGGAAUUCUGGUUGGAAUCGUGGAAACAACAUGAACAAGAGAAUGGUAGAGUUCUUGAGGAGGAGUUGGCAUCCAAAAAUUGAAACCCAAGAGCACGAGAAAGAACGGGGUUUUCGCCACAUGAUGAACGAGCGGGCGAGGAGGGAGAGGCAGAAGCAAAGUUACAUGGCCCUGCAUUCAGUGUUGCCUUUUGGAACCAAGAGUGAUAAGAGCUGCAUUAUUCGAACGGCGACCAAGAAAAUCCAAGAGCUGCAACGGCGUGUGGAGGAGUUGAAAAGGAGAAACAAAGUGGUUGAAGCAAGCAUGGUGGCAGUUGAAGGGAAGAGAGACGUAGGGGGAGCCAAGAUUAGAGUAAGGGUGCCUAAUCCUGCAUCUGGGGUUGAUUCUAUGAUGGAAGUUCUUAAAUACUUAAAGACCUUGGGACUGAAAGCCAGAACCAUCCGUUCAAAUUUCUCUCCUCGGGAGUUCUCAGCUGAACUGGAGAUUGAAACCGAGAUGGUGGGAGCUGCUGACGAUGUUGAAAGGGCAAUAGGCAAAGAAAUAACACUACAUGAAGCGGAGAGGAAGCUGCUUCGCCAUUUCGACGAAGGAUGAAGGAGCUCAACCAAACGGGUAGGCCGCCAAAGAAAAUCAACAUCUUUUUAACCGUCGGAUAUAUAUAUAUAUAUAUAUAUUUGUUUUUUCUAUGUAAUUAUGGAUGAUUACGUACGCAAUUAUAAGGAGAAAAGAAUAAUUUUACCUAGUA